AUGGUUCUUGGAUUACAAACGAUUCUCCUCUUUGUGCUGACGACUCUCGUGACGAUGCUGGCAGUGCGGUGGUACCGUCAGAGGUCUGGUUUACCCGGGAAGCUUCCGCCAGGUCCGUGGGGCCUCCCGCUGAUCGGCAGCAUAUUCAGCUUGGGUAAACAGCCUCAUCUAACCCUGAUGGAUAUGGCCAAGAAGUACGGGAAUGUCUUCACCCUCAACCUAGCUGGCCAGCUGGUUGUCGUCCUCAAUGGUUAUGAAUCUGUCCGGGAGGCGUUGGUCAAGAAAGCUGGAGUAUUCGCUGGUCGUCCACAUCUGGCACUAACUCAAGAACUUACCAAAGGACAGGAGACAAUUAUUGACUGA